UUUGGUAGUCGGCAUUGUGCCUCACCAUUUGGAGGUGCCGUGUGUGUGCUGAGAACUGCUGCUCUUUUUGUUGUCGCACCAGAGAGAGGAGAGACAGAGAGGAUUUUCUUGUAAUUUCUCUUGUUUGGUUCUUUCUAUUUGUGAGCAAGAAUCUCAGAUUUUGUCUUGGCUCUAUUGUACUUGGGAUUUGGGCUGUGAGAGUUAAACUCUUUCAUUCCUAGAAUAGGUUAGAGGGUUAAUCCUCUUUGGUUGUCAUUCCUAUUGUCUUUUGCUUAUUUGCAGUGAUGUAUGCUUAAGAGUUGACAUGGUCCAUGGAACCAUAAGAAACAAAAGACCGACUUUGAUGCUACACUCCAAUGAUUUCGCAAAAAAUUCAAUAAUAGUCACAUAGUUGUGAGUUUUUGCUAUAAAUUGGAUACUAAAAAAGAAUAGACAGAAAGCAAAAGAAGCAGAGGAAUUAGUAUAAAAAUGGAAGCUGAGGCAGCAGCAGCAAAGGUCAUAGUGUCAGUAUUGUUGGGUGGGUUUUUGGUCUUGUUUUUAUACCUCUGUGAACUUGUGUUAUUGAGGCCUAGAGGGCUAAGAUCAAAGCUUGGGAAGCAAGGAAUUAGAGGGCCUCCUCCUUCGUUUCUCUUAGGGAACCUCUCUGCAAUAAAGAGGCUGCAAAGCAAGGGCCAUUCAACAGCAACAAAGACUGCUGAUCCAACAAAACUCCAUCAUGAUGGUGAUGUAGCUUCUAUUGAUCAUGAAUGGCAUUCAAAAAUCUUCCCCUACAUAGAGCAGUGGCGAAAUGAAUAUGGGCAAAUAUUUAUGUAUGCAAGUGCACACCUACAACAAUUAUGCAUCACAGAUGUAGAGGUGGUGAAGGAAAUUGGUCUAUGCAAGUCUCUAAACUUAGGGAAGGCUUCUUUAACUUCGAAGGUUGUUGGGCCACUAUUGGGCAAAGGCCUUUUAUCAUCGAAUGGCGUAAUUUGGGCCCAUCAAAGGGGAAUUAUUGCUCCCGAGCUAUAUCUUGAUAAGGUUAAGGGCAUGGUGGACCUAAUAGUGGACUCCACAACCUCAAUGCUAAGAAGUUGGGAAGAUGAAAUCGACAGCAAGGGAGGAAUUGCAGAAAUUAAAGUUGAUAAGUAUUUGAGAAACUUAGCUGCAGAUAUAAUUUCAAGAGCUUGUUUUAAUAACAGAUAUGAUCAAGUCGAAGAUAUCUUCAAUAAACUUAGGGCUCUGCAAAAAGUUUUGACAAAGGGAAUCAUGUCGCUUCCGGGUUUGAGAUUGCUGCCUACAAAAGACAAUAGAGAAACAUGGAGAUUAGAGAAGGAAGCUGAGUCAAUGAUAUUAAAGCUGGUAAAACAACGUAUUGAAGCUUCAGGUGAGGAAGAUUUAUUCCAAAUGCUUCUUGCUGGUGCUGGGGAUUCCAAAGGCCUAUCGCAGAAGAAAUUCAUUGUCGAUAACUGCAAGACUAUAUUCUUUGCUGGCCAUGAGACCACUGCCAUUGCAGCAUCAUGGAGCUUGAUGUUACUAGCUGCACAUCCAUAUUGGCAAGCUCGUGCUCGUGCUGAGGUGCUCGAAAUCUGCGGGGAUAAUCCUCUAGACGGAGAUAUGCUUCGAAACAUGAAAGUGCUCAAAAUGGUGAUUCAGGAGGUGUUGCGUCUUUACCCGCCUGCAUUCUUUGUAACUAGAGAGGCCUUUGAAACUGUCACACUCAAGAACAUUGUGAUUCCAAAGGGUGUGAUCCUUCAAAUACCAAUCCCCUUUUUACAGCACAACCCUGACAUAUGGGGGCCGGAUGCGCAUGAGUUCAACCCGGAAAGAUUUGCCAAUGGAACUUUUCAGGCUUGUCGGUCUCCGCAGGCUUACAUGCCAUUCGGAACAGGUCCUCGUAUCUGUGUUGGCCAACAUUUAGUUAUGACGGAACUUAAGGUGCUUCUUGCUUCAGUUCUAUCAAAGUUCUGCUUCUCCCUCUCACCAGCGUACCAGCACGCCCCUCUUUUUAGUUUGGUUACUGAACCUGGGCAUGGUGUUAUUCUCCAUGUCAGGAAAGUGUAAUGUUGUGAAGUUUCAGAAGCUCUGGGGCUCCUAUGUUAAAUUUGUUCUGUAUCUGCAAAUAAUGUUUCAUAGAAUUGCAGGAAACAAUAUGCUGCUAAAUAUGUAAUCUAUGUCAGUGAUCUAUCCCAGCAUGUUUUGUAAAAUAUUUUCCAUCAUUAAAGUUAGAUGCAGAGGGACAGAUUUCAACAUAACAAAACAAGAAGAGAAAAGGAAAGAACAUUCUUCAAUUUAUGCUUUUUCAUGACUAGGUCAUUGAUCUAUCCAUGCUUUUUUUUUUCUUUUCUGGGUAGAUGAACUAAGUAUUCCCAAAAUAUUUUCCAUGGUUAAAGAGGCAAAGGAACAGAUUUCUACGAAACAAAAGAAGAAAAAGAGGGGAAGAUGUCUCUCCCAUAAUUAUUAAGGUUUGUAUGAAUCACUCAAAUAUAUCUGGAUGACUCAAAUAUCCAGCAACAUGACAUGUAUCUAGCAAGACAACAUUACCCUAUAUAUAGCUGUGUGUAUAUAUAGAAAAAAUUUUCUCGCCAGCCUGCUAAAAUGCCUUAUGUUACCAUACUGUGAAUAUAAACCAUUGAUUAGCUCGAUUAUCGCCAAAUGUGUGUGUCCAGAUUUACAGUAUGGCAGCAUAACUAUGACAGGAGAACAUGCUCCAUAUACACAGGUCAGCUACUCAAAAUAACGUAGAUUGAGUAGGUGAAAGAAUAUACAUGCAAAUUCUCCAAUCAGAUUAGAUUUGGCUCAAAUGUUCAGGCUGUUUUUCAUUUCUUUUCUUGUAAAUUUGCAAUGAAGAUGAGAUCCUGGAAAAUAUAUAAAUGCUACACAACAUAUCAUCAACAUUUCAGACUUGGAAUGGAAACAAAGUCUAACAUUGUUUGCAGACAAU